CGAGCCAUGGCACGCACAAAGCAGACAGCGCGUAAAUCCACCGGCGGGAAAGCGCCCCGCAAGCAGCUGGCUACUAAGGCGGCUCGCAAGAGCGCCCCGGCCACGGGCGGCGUGAAGAAGCCGCAUCGCUACAGGCCCGGCACCGUGGCUCUCCGCGAGAUCCGGCGCUACCAGAAGUCGACAGAGCUGCUGAUUCGCAAGCUGCCCUUCCAGCGCCUGGUGCGUGAGAUCGCGCAGGACUUCAAGACUGAUCUGCGCUUCCAGAGCUCGGCCGUGAUGGCGCUGCAGGAGGCGAGCGAGGCCUACCUGGUGGGGCUUUUCGAGGACACCAACCUGUGUGCCAUCCAUGCUAAGCGUGUUACCAUCAUGCCCAAGGACAUCCAGCUUGCCCGCCGCAUCCGUGGUGAGCGUGCCUGA